CUGAAAGAAAUCCUGACCCAGUAAGUGUACCGUAGACAACACAGCUCCGCCAUGUUAUGACCUCACCGGCUAAUCCCUCCCCGGAGUGCAGCUCGGUUGGUGCGGAGUCAUGAAAGUGUUUGUAAACAACUCAGUCAGAAGGCGCAGCAAACUGGAGUCGGACCACUGCACACGCACAGCUCUGAGUGUCAACACAUCCUCCAAAGUGUCCCUAAAGUUGGGAUAUGAAGGAUGUUUGAGCUCACGAUUUCUCGAUGUCUUCAAGUCGACAGGAUGACACGACUGUAAUAGCAGUGAUUCAUUAAUAGCGGUUUGAGUAGCCAUAGCAAUUGCAGUUGCAGAGCUUCAAGACUCCUUUCAUUACCUGUGUACUGCUCACCCACUAAGCUAACAUGCCCUGGCCAUUUUCGGAGUCCAUCAAGAAGCGGGCCUGCAGGUACCUCCUGCAUCGGUACCUAGGCAACUUUCUGCAGGAGAAACUGAGCUUGGAUCAACUCAGUUUAGACCUUUAUCAAGGCACUGGGUCUCUUGCACAAGUGCCUCUGGAUAAAUGGUCACUAAAUGAGCUUCUAGAGACGGCAGAUGCUCCUUUUGAGGUAAUCGCAGGGUUCAUCCAGACAAUUUCUCUCACCGUCCCAUGGGCAGCCCUGCUACAGGAAAACUGUGCCCUCGAGGUCAAGGGUUUGGAGAUGGUGCUCAGACCAAGACCAAGAGUGGCAUCUGGAAUUGAGCCCAUGUACUGGUCCAGUUUCAUGACAAGCAGCAUGCAGCUCGCCAAAGAAUGUCUGAGCCAAAAACUCACUGAUGAUAUGGGAGAGAGCUUCCAGCCUUUUGAAGGAUUAGAAAAAUUUGCAGAGACAAUAGAAACAGUUCUAAGAAGAGUCAAAGUGACAUUUUUGGACACUGUUCUGAGAGUCGAACACAUUCCAGAAAACUCUAAAACUGGAAUCGCUCUUGAGAUUCGAAUCAGCAAGAUUGUUUACUGCGAUGAAACAGAUGAGGAGAGUUCAAGUGUAAAUGUGCAUCAGCCAACCACAUUUGCACAUAAAAACGUGCAGAUGGAAGGAAUCACUGUAUUCUGGGACGAGUUCUCAGAUGUGUCUCGUGCUGGUUGUAAAUCCUCACCUACUCCAACGGAAACGGAGCCAAAGCUCUCCCCCAGCUGGAAUCCUAAAAUAAUAUGUGAGCCUCAUCCCCAGUUCACAGAGCCCGUGUCCUCUACAACACCCUUUGAACCUGUGCAGGUUGGAAGCCUCGGUGGUAAAAUUGAGUUGUCCCUCACUCUUAAAAACAACCUGGCUAUGCCUGGUGCAAAGCUGGAUGUUGUUGGACAUAUUGAUACACUGAUUAUUCUGCUGUCCCCACGGCAAGUUCAUCUUCUGUUGGACUUGUUUGGAGCUUUUUCUGGUGGAGGUACCCAGGCAUGGAGCAAGGAUAGAAAGAGUCGCCCCAUGCAGCAAGAGGAUGAGUACCGGCUCCAUAUGGAACUGAACCGGUGUCUGAAGAAGGACACUGCUGUGCCAGGAACAGAUCCCGACCUCUUCGAAAGCCAAACUACAAGAACUGUGUCAAGUCGAGAUGAUGUGUUCUUCUCCAUGGCUGACAUGGACAUGUCUCACAGCUUGUCAUCCCUCCCUCCCCUGGGUGAACCACCCACUGUUGACUUAGACUUGUCACUCAACAGUAACUACUCUGCCUCCCCAGGAGAAUCUCCCUCUGCAAAUGCGACAGCUAUUUGGGAUGACUAUAUGGAUGUGCCACGACAAAAAGAGAAGCAGACUAAUGAAACUCCUGUCCAGUCACGGGAUUCACAGCUCCCUCAAAAACUAUUGAGGCAAACUUCCCAUCCAUCCAAAACCCAUGGCGAUGAGUCAAGGCCAGAGCUGGUGCUGAAGCUGACACUGAGUAGCUUGGCUCUGUCAGUCCUCCACAUUGACCCACUGCCACCACCACAUGCUGCUCCCAGUCCCCUUGGGCCCAUGGCUGCACACUUCUUCAGCAUGGUGGGCCACCUUGCCCCAGCUGCUUUCCUUCAGUCACGGAAAGUGUUUGAUCAGGCUUGUCCCCAUGAUCACCUCAGGUUUGUAGGCCAAGGUCUGAAGAUAAACUAUGAGCACUGUCAGGGAUCCAGCGUGCGGACUUUCAGCACUGACGUCUCCCUAAACCAGAUGGAGUUUCUGGAGUGUCUGUUCCCCUCUGAGGCUGUCGUUGGCGGCUCCCAAAGAGGAAUUCAGUACACUGAGCUCCUGACAUUUGACACUGCAGCCAUUGCUGAUGCACCGCUUACCACCUGCCUUCACCUGCUUUACAAACAGGCUGAGCGCAGAGGCCCUCAGGCCGGCCAAGUACGUCUUAGCACCAUUCCAAGAAAAGCUGAGAUCCAGGUGGAGCUGGGACCUGUGCGCUCUGAGGUGGAUAUCAGCAUUGUAGAUCGCCUCAACUCCCUACUGCAGCCUCAGAAACUAGCAACCACAGAGAUGAUGGCCUCUCAUAUGUACACAUCUUACAACAAACACGUCAGCUUGCACAAGGCCUUCACAGAGGUUUUCCUGGAUGACAGUCAUACUCCCACCAACUGUCAGAUAACACUGACAGUCAAUGCCCCAGUGCUUGGCAUUGCGGUGCGCUUCCCCAUCCCUGAUCUGCGCUCGGAUCAGGAGAGGGGCCCUUGGUUCAAGAAGUCCCUGCAGAAAGAAGUACUCUACUUGGAGUUGGAGGACCUGGAAGUGAAAACAGAGUUCAUGGGUGGCAGCUCACCUGAGCAAACCAAAAUGGAGCUCACUUUCAAAGAACUUACUGGUAAGUUCCAGGAGGAGCCAGAUCAGCCGGCUGCCCGGUUCCUCAGAGUGUCCCACAGCAUGGAUGGAGACAUGACAACAUCUGAGAGUGUAAAAUUUGAUUGGCCAAGGGUUGUCCUGAAAAUGAACCCCACUGCAGUCCACUCAAUCCUUGAGCGUGUGACGGCUGAAGAUGACGAGGGGGCUGAGGACCAUUCCCUUGAAGAAGAAGAGGAAGAAGGGGCUGCUCAUUCCCUGAAAGAUGUGUGUGACUUUGGAAAACCGGAGCCAUCUCCAUUUUCCUCACGUAGGGUUAUGUAUGAGAAUGAAGAGAUGGUCAUUCCUGGGGAUGUUGCUGAAAUGACAGAGUUCCAGGAAAAGACCAUGAACAACUCUCGCUUUGUCCUUGAGUUAUAUUUCCCCAAUGUGCAAUUAGUGCUACCCAGCAAGGCAUUUUAUGAAAAACUACACAACAGGAUAAACAAUGAUCUGCUGCUUUGGGAGCCCACUGCUCCAUCCCCAGUGGAGACCGUAGAGAACAUGCCAUACGGAGGUGGACUUUCUGUCGCCAGCCAGUUGAUCAACACUUACUCCAAGGACAGCUUCAGCCAGUUUCGUUCUAGUGGUCCCGAGGAUGACUCCAGUGGCUCAGAGGAGGAAAACAUGCACUAUUAUUCUCCUGCCUCUGACCUCGGCCUCAGAGCUCGUAAGAAGAAAAAGCCUAAAGCCCACAGCAAGACCUCCCAAAGUCUUUUCUCUGUCAUCCUCAGUGUCAAUCACGGCCUAGUGGCUCUUCAAGCUAAUGCUAAGAAGGAGGAUAAAAGUAUACUGAAAAACAAACACGGCGAGUUCUGGAUGGAGGUGAAGAAUGCCGUUUUGUUCAGUGUCACUCAGUAUGAAGGCUAUAAAGACCAACACUACAUCUGCUUCCAUACCAGUAGCAUAUGCAUGUAUCACCAAGGACUUAUAGAUGGAGGCACUUCUGUCUCAGACAUCAAGUUGCCAUGCAGGACCCAUCCCCACUGGCUAGAGCCAACCAUCUAUCAAUCAGAGACAUCUCCGGAAAGAUCGUCAACACCCUCAGAGGGUAUUGGUCUGGAAGCCCGCAGCAUGGUGUCUGUCGCGGUGAAAGUCUCCUCACAGAAUGCAGAACGCAACAUCAAGGAGUUUUUGAUUGCGAUUGGAGUGAGAGGAGCCACACUUCAGCACAGAGUGGUCCCUCCCAGCCAGGGCUGGUAUGACCAGAUUGUUGACUUUCUGAAUGUUUCUGAUGAACCUGUGUUGGGUUAUGCCCCUCCUACAUCUGUCACCACCCUACAUCUACACCUUUGGAGCUGCUCUCUGGACUACAGACCUCUUUACCUGCCGCUGCGAUCGCUGUUGAUUGUAGAAACCUUUAGCAUCUCCAGCAGUGUCUCUUUAGACCACUCUUCAUCAACACUCAGGAUCAUUUUGGAUGAAGCUGCCUUGUUCCUGUCUGACAAGAGUAAUGCCGUCUCUGUCAAUCUAGUGCGUGACUAUGUUCAAGUGGUAGACAUGGGAACUCUGGAGCUCAGGAUUACAGCUGUCAAACCUGGAAUAGAUGGAAAAUUGUCGGAGCCCAGAUUUGAGCUGCGAUGUUCCAGUGAUGUGAUUCACAUUAGAACAUGUUCGGACUCCUGUGCUGCCCUCAUGAACCUCAUCCAGUAUGUAGCCAGUUAUGGGGAUUUGCUUCCCCCAGCAGAACCAGAGGCCAAGCAGAGCAGCAGUACACAAAGAAGCAAGGCGGAGGUUCCAAGCCGGCCAGCAUCUCAGACCUCGCUGCUCGCUGAGACAGAGCAGCAGAUGUUGCAGGAUCUGAUGAGUGAAGCUAUGGAGGAAACUGACGGACAGCAGGCACCAGGACCGCAGCAGAAUGGUGCACAUGAGGAGCAGAUUCAUGACCAUGAUCCGCCUCGCUCAGAUCUCUUCCUGUUCCCAGAUGAGAGUGGGAAUUUUAACCAAGACUCAAGUCCCACCUACCCUAUGCUCCCCUCUCCCCUCAUCACACCUGCUCCCAGUCUGGCCCAAGAGACAGAUGACUUUUGUAUCUUGGAAACUCCAGGUUCCAGAGGAGAGGAUCGAGAUCAGGAGCCAGUGGUGAAACUACUUACCUCAGACCCAGUAGAAAUCAAAGAUGAUCACUUUAGUCAGCCUCUGGAAGGCAGUGAUUCCAGUCGCGGAGCCAUGAACUUUCCAAUCCCAGAGGUUCGCUACCUCAUUAAGGAGAUCUCUGUCAUCUGGCAUCUUUAUGGAGGGAAAGACUUUGGGAAUGUUAUUUCCACAAUAUCUCCUGCCAGAAGUCGCGGGUCUACACCCCAUAGCUCCCCGUCUCAAACUCCAGUCAGACAGGCCAAGGCUUCAGGGCGGGCAGGAGGCGGAAAGGGAAGGAACCCUGAUGUCCUCAUGGAGAUCCAACUCAGCAAGGUGAGGUUUCAGCAUGAGGUGUACCCACAGCCCCCGGUGGCAUCUCGUUCAGCAAUGGACCAGCCAGUGUCCCGACAGGUUUUUGUUGUGCAGGACUUGGAGAUUCGAGACAGACUGGCUACUUCACAGAUGAACAAGUUCCUCUACUUGUACUCCAGCAAGGAAAUGCCCCGAAAAGCCCAUUCUAACAUGUUGACAGUUAAGGCCCUGCACAUGUGUCCAGAAUCAGGCCAGGCUCCCCCUGAGUGCUGCUUACGUGUCUCUCUGAUGCCUCUUCGCCUCAAUAUUGAUCAAGAUGCACUUUUCUUCUUGAAGGACUUCUUUACUAGUCUUGCUACUGAAGUUGAGUUUUUCUCACCACCUGCCCAAGAAACUGUUUGUGUUACCACAAAGAAAGCCGCUGCCCCAGAGAUCUCCUGCAGCUUCUCCAAGCACGCUGGUAGCAGCCAGGACCCAGCUCCUAUCAUCUCAGUGCCUGCUCAGAGACGACUGAGCCACAACGGUUUCUCCACAUCAGGCAGGGACGACAUGAACGACAGUGAAGCCUCUGCCUCUCCCUUCACAGACCAGCCAAUCUUCUUUAGGGAAUUUCGAUUUACCUCUGAGGUUCCCAUUCGCUUGGAUUACCACGGAAAACACGUGUCGAUGGACCAGGGAACAUUUGCAGGAAUCAUUUUCGGGUUGACACAACUGAAUUGUUCAGAGUUAAAACUAAGGCAGUUGUGCUACAGACAAGGAUUAUUGGGUUUGGAUAAGCUGUUUUCCUAUGCAAUAAACGAGUGGCUAAAUGACAUAAAGACAAACCAGCUUCAAGGAAUACUGAGUGGUGUGGCACCUAUUCACACUCUGGUAAAACUGGUUCAUGGUCUCAGGGACUUGGUCUGGCUCCCAAUUGAGCAGUACAGAAAGGAUGGUCGGAUCGUCCGUGGGUUUCAGCGCGGCACCGCCUCCUUUGGAACCUCUACUGCUAUGGCUGCUCUGGAGCUCACCAACAGGAUGGUGCGGACUAUCCAGGCUGCAGCUGAGACGGCCUAUGACAUGGUGUCUCCUGUUCCCGAUGAGAGAGACACUAAGAGAAUAAAGCGGUACACCCACUAUGGACUGGCUCAUCAGCCUGUCGACCUGAGGGAAGGUGUAGCCAAAGCCUACACUGUGGUGAAAGAGGGGAUCACAGACACUGCAUUGACUAUCUAUGACACAGCCACGCGGGAGCACGAGCAGCGUGGGAUGACUGGAGCAGUCGGCGGAGUUCUCCGUCAGCUGCCACCAGCAGUAGUCAAACCACUAAUUAUGGCCACUGAAGCCACCUCUAAUGUCCUGGGUGGGAUGAGAAACCAAAUUCACCCCGAUGCACGUCAGGAGGAGUCGCAGAAAUGGAGGCAGGGCGAAGAGUAACUCUGAUUGCCAUAUGGUAACGGAAACCUUGACUCUGCAGCAGCCACAGCUUUUACGUGGAAGAAGAAGAAAGGUGAGGCGGACUGCCAGCUCUGGUGUUAAUAAACUUGUGUUCAUCUCGUGGCAGUUUGAGCUACCGUGAUUCAGCUUGUGUCAGCGUAACAGUUCCCUCACAGUGCCUUCAUGGUCAUCAGCAUUGUCCAGCUGUGUGUUUAAUCAAAGGGAUGUGUGAAUAAGAAUGAAUUUGCGAGCCACAUAUCGUCUUAAUGUGGAUUAUAUUCUGUUGUAGGAUAGAGCAGGCUAUUUCAAAUGUAAACGCAUAACAAGGAAGAAAUAGGUCAUCACAUUGGCUUCAUUUUCAGCCCUGUUUACAAAUCGUAUGAUUACAUUCUCUUAUCCUACUUGGUGUCAACAAACACUAAUGUUAUAGGUGUAAUUACCCUUAAUUUAUAUAACAUGUACUGUAUGUGGGCCUUGUUAUUUACUGUAAAUAUUCCUAAUGUGUAACAUUUCAUGCAAAUAUAGGAGAAACAAGUGUAGAAACUGAAUGUGUUAAAGCUGUGUAAAGUUCACUUUCAGCACUUUUGAGUGACUUGAAGGGUUACUUGCCCAAAUAAAUGAUAAAUAGAAAGAUAACUCAAAUUUGUUGUAAAGUUUCACAGUUUUAUUUUGACCUGUGAUCAGUGUUGCAUAAGUUUCACAAAAGCUGCUGUCCUGGAAAGCUGCUUAGUUAAAUUUCAGAACUGCUUUAUUCCUUGGGUCAGUCGCUCACAUUUUCAAAUGGUUGACUUGUACAUCUACAUGAGACCUUCAAGCAAAGUCUUAAUAUUCUCCAUUUUUUUUAAAAAAAACGUGUGUUUGAAUAUUGAUGUUUGGCGUGAUCUGUUGUGUUGCAGACAUUUGAUUUGCUCACUUUCUUGUUUAUGUGGGAAAAGUAAUAUUUCUUGUACAUACGUGUACAGGUGAUUCAUGAAUUUGUAUUAAAAGCAUGGAAGGGCAAAUAAAAAUGGUUAAAUUCGCCACUAUG